AUGGCUUCCUCGCGCUCCAAGACGCAGGUUGGCUCUGCGCCAUGGCUGCUGAACGAAAGGCAGCAAGCCAACGAACUCAUUGAGCAAGAGGUGGAAGAAUUCACUUACUCAGUGCGCAAUGAGAUGGAAUGGUUAAACGAGCAUAUGGCGGAGAUAUUUACGCGGAACCAAUUAAACGUCGCGGACAUAUUCAAGACACCUGGGAAGCUACGCGGCAAGACCCCGCGGACGGCGCGGAAGAGGAACCCGUUAGAGACGCGCGCUCCCUUGACGGAUAUCUUUGGGCCGAACCCGCAAGCUGAACCAAGCCCUGCGCAAGAGACACAGUUUUACAAAAGUGUCGCGCGUUUCCAAGUCCCCGACGACGCGAACCGAGCUGCGCCGAUCGCAGCAAGUCCGCAAAAUCGCGUUGGUGGGAUUGGGAAAGAGAACACGGACUCUGGGUAUCAUGGAACAACGGACGAUGAGAUGGAGCUUGACCGUGUGCCGGUCGCGCCGCGCAGUCCGCUGAAGCAACAGGCUCCUGCUGUGCCCGAUCCUGCACCCUCCCUACCCAUUGAACCGGCAGAGGAGGAUCAUGAGCUUAUCAAAGAAGCAAGACGAGCGACAAAAGAGUCUUUCGUUUCGGCCGAGGAAGAUGAGGGCGAUACCAUACCGGACGAGGAAGUAGACAUAGUGGUUACGAAUGCCGACGCCGAGGAAGAGGGCCAGGAAGAGGGCCGUAAAGAGGGCAAGGGUGUGUCUCAACAAUUCAGCGUUGGCGCGGAGACUGCUUCGGCCAUGAACUCCAUUCUCCACGAAGCGGAAGACGUUAACGAUCCCAUGGAGGUCGAUGGUGUACGCUCGCCCUCCGAAGGCUCCAGCCCAGUCAAACCUUUGUUACGGAAAAGCAGCCUCACUUUCGCGACCCUCCCUGCGCGAGAACCAUUGGCGAGCAAACAGAGUAUUGGUAACCGUGUCUCUCGUACAAGCCAUCUGGACCAAUACAAGUCAUCAUAUCGCAGCAGUAACUUGGGCCGUUUCACUGGCGGCAAGAGCCUGGGUGGUUCACAGCAUGUGCCAGCGAUCGGAUCGCCGGACGCGAAAGAACACAUGGAUGUGGACGAGGAGAACAGGCCUCCGAUGGCGCGCGAGGAGUCCGAGACCACAAGACUGCACAAUAAGACCUCCACGCAGCGGCUGCAUGAGAGGAUAAACAUGCUCGGACAAGCCAAGGAGACCAAGGAUUUUCGAUCAUCAAAGUCGAUACCGUCAAGCAAUCCAGCCUCCCAGGUCGAGUACGCACACUUGCCAGCUUCCGAAACUGAGAAACCGAAACCCGCUCUCUUCUCGCAAUCAGAUGAACAGCCGAGAGCUGCAGUUGUGCCAGCCACGGAAGACGAUGACGAUGAUUGGAUUGUUCCUGUUGUAUCCACAGGUGCAGCCAAUACUGCUCCCAGACCCGCCUUUGAGCGGAGUCAUUCCAACAAGAGUCAAGCAAGCGUUCCGGACAAGGCUGCAACUGAAACCCAAGAUCACGCUCCAUAUGCGCCUCAGAAGAGCCCCGCAAGAGCGGCUUCACCAACGAAGUCUAGGCCAGCUUUUGGCCACCUGAAGUCAAGCUCCGCUUCUGUCUUGCCAUCGCCGGGCAAGUCAUCCAUGGCCCCGCCGCUAUCACACAAGAAGACAGUUUCCGUCUCGAACCCGCCUCUAUCAAAUGUGCCAUCGUCGGUAACACCGGUUGGAUCGCCUAUGGGCAAAAAGUUCGCUGAUGGCCCGUUGAGCGCGUCAAAGGCGAAGUUUUAUUCCGUCCUCAAAUCCGCUAAGGGGAUCUUCGCGAGCAGCGCAGGAGCAAGCGCUCAGGCUAAGAUGGAAGCACUAUCUCCAGCAAUUCACCAUACGAGAAGCCAAGCCCAGGCGCCCCAAAUGAAUGCCUUGCUUAGCCCCAACGCCCAUACCCGACCAGCUUCGACCUUUUAUCCGGAGGUUCAAAUCCCUGAACAUGCCAACAGUGCUCCAACUCCGACUCGAGCCCAGGAGGGCCGUAAGACGCGAAGCUCAACUGAACGGGAGGAGAAGCGGAAAGAAAAGGAGGCGAAAGAGAGGCAGCGUGCUGUGGACGAUCUUGAGAAGGCGCGUGAGAAAGAGCGCCAGAAGGCCGUUACGCAGAAGCAGAAGGAUGCUACAGUUGCCGCUGAAGAACAGGCGCUACAGCAGAAGGCUGAGCCCGAAAGCAGAGCCGAGAAUCCACCUAGCCACGAUGAAGAGACUGAUGCGGCAGAAGCAAUGCCACCUCCACCGCCACCGAAGAGUUUGCUUCCAACCGCGAACUCACAGAAACCUAGAGGCAGGUUAGCCAAGCCGACGAAGAACCCAUCUACUGCGCUUAGGCCGGCUGCGAUGUCAAUAAAAGUUCCCUCGCAGAGCUUCCGUCAGAUUCCACAGCCUGGAUCCGCUCUUCCCGCAGAAAGCCACGACGUGCUUCCUCCUGCAGUCCCGUCCAAGCAGUCUAGCAUCGCUUCUAAGCAGAGCACUACAUCUCUACAAAGCGCAAGCUCGACAGAGUCGUUUCGCACUGCUUCUUCUACGCAGACUAGGACGAAAGCCUUGGAAGCAGCUGCGAGAAAGAGAGAACAGGAUGAGCGCGAUGCGCAACGGAGGGCUGAGCGACAGCGUGAGCUCGAGCAAAGGCGCGCCGCGAAGCAAGAGGAGGAACGCCGGCUUGAGCAACAGCGCAAAGCGGCAGAGGAGCUACGCAAGCAGGAAGCGAAGAAGGCAGCCCAAAAAGCCGCAGAGACAAAGCGUCCGACUCGCCAGCAACAGCAGGUUAGUCGUCCACAGAGCCGACAAGCCAAUGACCUCGCCAACACCCUGCAGGUUGAAAAGACACUCGCUCCACCGCCGCGGCAACGUGGUGAUCUAGGCGCGGCGCGACCAGUAUCGAGGAUGAACACAAUGCAAGAACCCCCACCUGCGCGGCCAGUCCCACAGAUCAACCCAGCCAAGCCACCGAAGCGAGUCUUCCAACCUGAGGAUGACGACGAGCCUGUGCAGCGUCCGACUUUACAACGGAACCCACCAUCUUUUAAGCAGCUAGAUGCGAAGCGGCGGAAGACUAUCGACGAAGAAGAAGAGCGCCUAGAGGAACCGCGACGCUCAGUCAUGGCGCCUCCAAUGCGUCCCUCGAACGUCAUCCGCAAGGAAACCAGAUUCCCCAACGGCUAUACCACCGCCCCGCCUCCUGCCGCUCACCCCGUCCCACACACGCAAACCCUCUGGAAACAGACCGUCAAUGGCCAGCACCAGCUCCAACAUCCCAAGCCCAACAUCCAGCCGAACGACAUGGCCAAGAUCUCCACCGCCAAAAUCCCCUUCGCCGACGCGCCCAACCCAGCUGGUCCCUCCGCCUCUCUCCAUCCGCCAACCUACAAGACUCCCGCCCGCAACCUCCAUCCAGCGGCUCCCAACACCGCCGGCCCCAAGUCCUCGCCGCGCUACCCUGCUUCCGAAACCAUCGCUCUCCCCGAAAUCGCCACCGACUCAGAAGACGAGGACUCAGAGAACGAGUUCAGCGCUCCCUCGUGGGUAGCUUCCCCCGCGCUGCGCGAGCUUCUCCAGCAACAGCAGCUCGUAGACCCCGCGGAGAUAUUCGGUCCGAUUGCGGAGCUGAAGAUGGAGGAGGUAUUCCGGAACAAGGACCGCCAUAAGCGAUUCAGGGACAGGACGAGUAGCGCGAAUUGGAAUGGGGCGGAUCGCUUGACAGAAGAGGAGAGGAAGAGGGAUAGGGAGGGAAGGGAAAGGUUGGUCAGGGAUGGGGGGUGGGUGUUUCAUGAGACGCCGGAGGGGAAGAGGUAG